AUGCCGGGGCGUUCGACUACGGAAGCGAUUCAUCAGAUAAGGAGAUUAGUUGAGCAGUACAGGGAGAGGAAGAAGGAUUUGCAUAUGGUGUUUAUUGCCCUUGAGAAAGCAUACGAUAAUGUUCCGAGGGAGGUCCUGUGGAGGUGUUUGGCAGUUAGCGGUGUUCCGGAGUGCAAGUUCAGUGACGGGACCCAUGAUGCAGACGUAGAGGUUAAGCUUGAUACUCAAGUUAUCCCCAAGAGAGCGAGUUUUAAGUAUCUCGGGUCUAUUAUCCAGGGUAACGGGGAUAUUGACGAAGAUGUCGCGCAUCGCAUUGGAGCGGGAUGGAUGAAGUGGAGGCUCGCUUCUGGUGUUUUGUGUGAUAGGAAUGUGCCGCUAAGACUUAAGGGUAAGUUUUAUAGAGUGGUGGUGCGACCGGCUAUGCUGUAUGGGGCUGAGUGUUGGCCAGUCAAGAACUCCCACGUGCAGAAGAUGAGAGUAGCAGAGAUGAGGAUGUUGAGAUGGAUGUGUGGGUGUACCAGGAGCGAUAGGAUUAGGAAUGAAGAUAUCCGGGACAGAGUGGGAGUAGCCUCCGUGGAGGACAAGACGCGGGAGUCGAGGCUGCGAUGGUUCGGACAUGUUAAGAGAAGAAGCAUUGAUGCUCCAGUUAGGAGGUAUGAGAGGUUGGCCAUGGAGAAUUUGAGAAGAGCCUUUCUACCUGCAUUAGGUAGGGGUAAGGUCUGCGUACAAACUACCCUCCCCAGACCCUACUUGUUGGGAUCAAAC